UUGCGCAUCAGUGAGUCCAAGUGCAGAGCAAUAGGAGGUCGCACUGAGAUCCUAAGUCUCACUUUAUUUUAUUUUAUUUAUUUAUCUCCAAACAAACUUUAAGAAAGAACACAGCCAAGGCCAGUCUUUUGUUUCACCCAAAGUCAUAGUCACUGCAACGUCGACAAGCAGGACAAACGGAGGAGCGGAAAUUAACAAAUUAAAAUGAGAGCGAGUUUAAUUGACUGCUUAAUUUACGCGUGUGCGCAUGUAUGUUUAUUAAGUUGCAUUGUACAAACUGGCCAGUCUCAGCGCGAAGCCAACACUGGAGCGGCAGCUCUUAGACAGACCGUACAAUGGCAGCACAAUGGCAAAUUCUUUAGUAUACUAAGUCAAGGCUCGGAAUAUCAGCCACCGUUAAAACGAGACCGAAACAAAGAGCAGACGCAAGUCAGGCCGAUAGCUAUUGUUCGCAAUGAUGAUGCGGCACCGAGAACCGAUGGCCCAUCUUCCUCUUUACGACCCUCUCAGAGCCGCGGGUCCGAGCGCUCGGGGUCAGGUAUCGGUGCGCAUGGUGGCGGCUUGCGCUGGUUAUCAGGUGUAGAUGGAGCGCGCAUCAGAGGAGCGCAGGAGCGCAGGAAUCACACAAACCAACUGGGAAUAUCGGCCAAUGACACCGACAAUAGCAGGCGGGAUGGUGACGUGAUGGUUGGAGAUGAUCCUUACAACCCUUACAAGUCUACAGAUCCGGAUAACUCGUUUUAUAAUUAUGACCCGUAUGAGAGACCUAGUUCCAGAGAGCGCCCGGGAUAUGGCACGGGGUACUUCCAGUAUGGUUUUCCUGAUCUCGUAGCAGACCCAUACUAUAUCCAAGCAUCCGCUUACGUGCAAAGAGUUCCAAUGUACAAUCUCAGAUGUGCCGCAGAGGAAAACUGCUUGGCGAGCUCUGCAUACAGGUCCAGUGUAAAAGAUUAUGACACGCGUAUGUUGCUGAGGUUCCCACAACGAGUGAAAAACCAAGGCACCUCCGACUUCCUUCCCAACAGACCACGCUAUACCUGGGAAUGGCACAGCUGCCAUCAGCAUUACCACAGCAUGGAUGAGUUCAGUCACUAUGACCUGCUGGAUGCCACUUCUCAGAGGAGAGUGGCUGAAGGACACAAGGCCAGCUUCUGUCUGGAGGACACGUCCUGUGACUAUGGUUACCGCCGACGAUAUGCAUGCACCUCCCACACUCAGGGCCUGAGUCCAGGGUGUUACGACACCUACAAUGCCGACAUUGACUGCCAGUGGAUAGAUAUUACAGAUGUGAAACCCGGGAACUACAUCCUCAAGGUUAGUGUAAAUCCCAGUUACCAUGUGCCAGAAUCUGAUUACAGUAACAACAUAGUGCGCUGUGAUGUGCGUUACACCGGAAACUACGCUUAUGUGUCUGGAUGUCACAUGUCACAGUACUAAAAAUCUAAAGAAUCCCAAUAAAAACCAGUUUGGUGAUAAAUAACCUGCAACAACGUGAACAGAAGAAUGGAUGCUGAUCGUGGUCACUUUCCAUUUAGAGCCAAUAAUCAGCCAGACAUUGUAGUGUUGACCAUGGCACACAAUUUAAAGUUACAUUUGAAAUUACUAAGCAUGUCUUAUUUUAUUUUAAUUAUGUUUACUUUCAUGUUUAUUACUAUUGUACAGCACAUUGGUCAACUAUGGUUGUGUUUAAUUGUGCUAUAUAAAUAAAGUGACUUUGAUUUUGACUAAGCAAAAGUGGAAAAAAAGAAAAACAAUAUUUUUAUAAGUGUCCAGGGUCAAACUAUACUGGAUUCUUUCUAUAGAAAAUAGAAUUAAAUGUUGGUUAUGCUUUUGGAAAGUUUGCAGAGAUACCACACAUUUUCCAAAUCCUUUAUCACUCUUCUCUCAGACUAAAAAUUUUUUUUAAUUAAAAAUAAAUCUUCAGGUGUUGGCAAGGCGAUCCACACUGUGGGUUUUACUUAAAACAUGCUUUAGUUGUGUAUUCUAUCUUGAUAUUUAUAUAUAGAUGCUUAAAUUACUGCAACACUUUUUAUAUAUAAAGUGAAAAUUACUUGAAUAAAUAACUUCACAC